CUCUGCAUCGACUGGAUUUUUUCUACUGCCACGAUUCACAGGAUUCGAAUACUUUUUCUGGGUCUCUCUAUCAAAUAUUCUCCAUCACACUCAUUCACUUGCGAGCGGUGCUUGCUUCUGAGGCUUACCAGCAAUUUCGACCUACGAUCAUCUAUAUCAUUCAUUCUGCAAUUCUGCAUUUUUUUCUCGAUAAAAGUUAACCAUGGCUGGCUUCAUGAAUUCGCCGGCGCUUCGAGGUGCCGGACUGGUUAUUCUCCAGGCCCUUCGAGUCGCUACUGUCAUCACUCUUUUGACUGCCGGCGCUGCUAGCUGGAUUCUCAUCAUCAACGUCCAGAAGAGCAAGCCGUACUUCAUCUUUGAGUGCUUCACGCUCUUCUUCGUCUCGGUCUUUUGCUCUUUGCUCGUCGUCUCGGAGCUGGCUUUCAUGGAAUUCAUCAAGAUUUACCUGCGCCGCAUGUGGCCUGUCCUGUCCGAUCACCACGGGCUUAGCUGGCUGGGCAUCGGCAUGAUCAUCAUCGGCUGCAACCUCUUGGGCAUGCUCAACCACGACUUGGACAUGUCCUCUGCGCUCUCUUCGCUGGUGCUCGCCGCGGGCAUCCUGUCCUUUAUCUUCGGCUUUCUCAACUUUGUCUGCUCAUUCAUCUGGUGCGACAGAAAAGAGGGCAUCACGUCUCGCGACAUCCGCGCAAACGGCUCGCUGGCGCGGUCUCAGCGCCAAUACUCCGAGUACGGCGGCAGCAGCAGGUCGGCCUCGAUCCGAAACGAGAAGACGAGGAGCAAGUUCAUGUUUUGGAAAAGCGAAAAGGACGAAGAAUACAUGAGCGGCCAGGCUCAAAGUCACCCGCCCUACAUCAUCACUCAUCAUGUCCGCGAUAUCGAAGCUCAGAGCGACAGUCCCAUUAUUCCGGGCCUGAAGCGUCCUGAUACGGCUCUGCACCCAAUGAACAGCCGCAGCAGCCGCAGCAGCCGGUACUCCGAGGCCAACAUGUCUCGCUUUUGA